UUAAUCAGCACAGAAGCUCAGAAGAAGACAAAGACAAAAUCUUCCACAAUGUCAUACAGACGAGAACUAGAGAAAUACCGUGACCUGGAUGAAGAUGAAAUCCUUGGAGCCCUAACAGAGGAAGAGCUCAGGACGCUGGAAAAUGAACUGGAUGAGCUGGACCCUGACAAUGCACUGCUGCCCGCAGGCCUGAGGCAGAAGGAUCAGACCACCAAGGCGCCCACGGGCCCCUUUAAAAGGGAGGAGCUCUUGGAUCAUUUGGAAAAGCAAGCAAAGGAGUUUAAGGACCGAGAAGAUCUGGUCCCCUACACAGGUGAAAAGCGAGGAAAGGCCUGGGUCCCCAAGCAAAAGCCAAUGGACCCUGUGCUGGAAAGUGUGACACUGGAGCCAGAGCUGGAGGAGGCCCUGGCGAACGCCUCGGAUGCGGAACUUUGUGACAUUGCAGCCAUCCUGGGCAUGCACACACUCAUGAGCAACCAGCAGUACUACCAGGCCCUGGGCAGCAGCUCCAUCGUGAACAAGGAGGGCCUCAACAGUGUCAUCAAACCCACGCAAUACAAGCCUGUGCCCGAUGAAGAACCAAAUUCAACAGAUGUAGAGGAAACGCUGGAGCGGAUAAAAAGCAACGACCCGAAACUUGAAGAGGUUAACCUCAACAACAUCCGGAAUAUCCCCAUACCUACCCUCAAGGCAUAUGCAGAAGCUCUGAAAGACAACACACAUGUAAAGAAGUUCAGCAUCGUGGGCACUCGGAGCAAUGACCCUGUGGCAUAUGCCCUGGCCGAGAUGCUCAAGGUAAAUACAGUGUUGAAGACGCUGAACGUGGAAUCCAAUUUCAUUUCCGGAGCAGGCAUCCUGCGCCUGGUAGAGGCCCUUCCGCACAACACUUCUCUCGUGGAGCUGAAAAUCGAUAACCAGAGCCAGCCCCUGGGCAACAAAGUGGAAAUGGAGAUCGUGAACAUGUUGGAAAAAAAUGCAACGCUUCUCAAAUUCGGCUACCACUUUACCCAGCAGGGGCCCAGGCUGCGGGCCUCCAAUGCCAUGAUGAACAACAACGACCUUGUGAGGAAGAGAAGACUUGCAGACUUGACUGGGCCCAUCAUUCCCAGGUGCCGGAGUGGCGUCUAGUGUGUGGUGACGACCACGCCUUUGAACUGGACAUGUUCUACUGAGAAUCUGUGCUCUGCAGUGGACACCAGAAGGCAAAAUGCCGGCACAAAGCCCUUUUGUGGUUCAGUUCUUUAUGCACUAAGGUUUUAGGUUGACUAGUGGUUGUAGUUGAAAAUUUUAUAAACUAUGGUUAAUGUGAAGUUUUUCUUUAGUCACAGCAGUUCAGUCUAAUUAUUAUUUAUAAACUAAGAAUUUACCCAACCGGCAGAUUUUACUGAAGGUGAUGUUACAGUAGCAGUGACUUAAUCCCACAGUUGUUUCAGUGGCCUUGCUGUGUGGUUUCAGGUGCAUUUAAAAAGUGCAACACAUAAGCAACACUUUCACAUGCUUUAGGAAUAUUAUAAAACACUGUUACAAAUUUGAGAUCUGCAAAUUAGCAGUCACUCUUUAUUAAAAGUUUAAAUUUUAAGAACCUCACAAGAUUAAAGUUGCCAAAUUGACUAAUGAAUCAAGUACACAAUUUGCCCCUCAAGAAAGGGACAAAGAGACAAAGUCACAGGGCUCUGUCAGGCUUCAAAAAGCACAGGUCCUUUUGUGGGAUAUAAGGAAAUGACAGAAAAAGUCAGUGGUGAAAUUUCAAGUUUCAGGCACUGUCCUUUACGUCCUGGGAUACAAACAUUUCCCUGAUUGAUCUUUAUAGACCUCUGGGACUUACAACUUUAUAUUGGACUCAGAAUUUUUUUCCAAAUGCCAAUUGUAUGAUGUGAAAACCUACGUUCAAGUACCUUCCUGGGCUGAAAGGUGGGCCAAUGGUUUGUGAGGUAUAACACACGAGAGGAAUAAAUUUCUACUCCACAUGGCUAUGUGUACAGACUCCAGCUACCUAUCACCUCACUUAUUCUUAGAAAAGUCACUGCUGAUCAUAUGCCUUGAACUAGGCCUCUGAUGGCCAACAAUGAAGAAAAUCCAGAGAUCAACUAUUUGGAAAUCCUGGCCAAACCAUCACAAGAUGAUUAUUCUAAAAAUGUCAUUUUGUUAUUUCUGCCAGAUCCCUCUUUUACUAUUACUCGCGUCUCUUGGGAUCCAUUAAUAAUGCUAAGCCACUAUGCCCUUGUGCCUUUCAUAUACCACAGUGCCAGUCAAGCUAGUAUUUUUGUUGCUUGGAGAGUUAUUUUCAGGAGUGAUUCAGCAAAUCUUUUGAUAAAGGACAGGCCAGAGCGUUGUUGAGCAUGGACUGAGCUGCAGAGCACCGAGCAGAAAGGCUCGUAAUGACAAGGGAAGUCUUGCACACCGAAAUGCAAUGACGUGGACGGUACAGGGUAACAGAGGUGGAGCCAGCACCUCACCACCGUGGGAGAGCAUCUACGGGGGCUGCCGAUGGACAGCCGUCUCCACUUGGCUUCGCCUUGAAACACAACUGCAGCUGUAUUCUGCAUCACUGGAAAUGGCAAUCGAAUAUUAAAUCUGUUGGUCUAUGGA